AUGCUCCUGAUCAUGAGACGGCCAGAAUUCACAGAAAUGGAACUGAAACGAGCCCGUGAAGAGCGCCGCGAACGCCGGGGUAUUCGAGGAAUGCUUCGCUCUAUUCGCGCAUUCAGUGACAAGUCCAGCGGUUCCGGUGAUGGCGAGGUCGAGCAGCAAUCUCAAGCACAUCAUGGAAAUGAGGAGUCUGCAGCUGGAAGUGCUGACGACAGAUCAGGUCUGUCCAAAGAGGCUACACAGGCGAUUGAAGCAAUCGAGUACAUCACACGCCAUCUAACAAGAGACAAUGACUAUAAAAGGGUUUGUUAUCCUUAA